AUGACAGCCGCCACGUUGAUCCUGAACUGCGGUGUACUGAUCAUUCUCGUUAAGGAGAAAAAUCUCCGUACCCCGUUCAACGUGUACGUGAUUGUUUUAUUAUGCAGCAACCUCCUGUAUGUUGGACUGAACAACAUCAUGAUGAUCAUGGCGCCGUUUGGGCAGUGGUGGAUUGGUGAUCAAGCGUGUACGCUAGAGUUGUAUUGCCGAUACAUUGUGAUCACCAUCAACAUCCACAGCCACGUGCUGGUCAGCGUCAACCGCGCCUGGGCCUUGUUCUGGCCAGUGUCAUACAAAAACAAUCACACGUUUACGGUGGCAUGGCUGUUGUGUCUCGGGAUGGUGGUUUACGUUCACGCUUGUCAGUUGCCCGGGCUUGUACUGGAUGCGCUGUACUAUCGAGUCCCAGUUCAAGUUGCCAAGAUUUGUCGGUUCAAUAAACAAGCACAGCUGGGAUUCUCGCUGUUUUCGUCCAUCUGGGUAUUCGACGUACCGAAACUCUUUAUCCCCGUCUGUUACCCAAUCCUCUUGUGGAAAUUCCUGCGAAGAAACAAUGCCAUUCACGGCCGUUCAGCGAUCGUUAACCGCACCGAGUUGGCGCGCCGGCGCGACCAUGUACUGCGGCCGUUUAUUCUAUUAACGAUGAUCACCUGCAGUGCGGCGGUCUGCUGGAUACCAAUUAUGGUGUACUACAUCGCCGUGGAUUUUGUGCGCACCAUGCGCUCGGAUAGACUGGAGAUCGCCCUGAUCGUACUGUACUCGGUGGAACCCAUACUGGACCCGGUGUUCUUCGGCUUGAGCAUUAGCAACUUGCAUAAUUAUGUUGUGUCGUUCUGGAAAACGAAGGUGGCGUACAAGGGCACCAGGCGAGCAACAAACACGAUCCAGUUAUCGGACGUAUGAUGUAUUUUUAUGUAUCCUAAUUUAGAUCGUUGCAGUUACACCGAUUCUGUAAUUUCUGCUGAAAUAAAUCGGACCUUUGCAAAUUUUUCUGCUGCUACU